ACUGUUGUGCGUGCCGCAAAUACAAAAGAGGCCUAGGAAAAGCUUAACCGGCUUAGGCGACAGAUGACAAACAGGUUAAUGGGCAGAUCCAUUUGCUGAGCUACAUGUACACCAGCCCGUCCAGUGCUGUCGGCUGUGAUUUCCGUGGCUGUGAUACAGAGACCACGAGUGACCACCAUCCCUACGAUUACAACGAUUACAACCAUUAGAACAAACUCUUGCGUCGUAGUAACUAGAUCGUUUUAGGUGGUAUUAGAUAUUACGCCUUUAGUGAAAGUGUGUAAGUUGUGGCUGUUCUUUUGGGAAUUAUUCGAGAUAAAUUCGAUUUCCUCAUAUUUUGAGCAAUUUCGUGAUGUUAUUCCGCUGUUGCAAGUUCUAGUUAGGGAUCUGCUGAACUUCGCAGCGCCCAUUCUGAUGGUGAUUUUUCUAGUAUCAUGAACAUUUACUGUUUUAUGCCAAUUCUCGCCCGUUCCACAUACUAAUCCGACUUAUAAUGGAAGUCGUGAGGGUCGUGAGAGCUGAUGGUGGAUGGUGAACUGGUUGAAGUUGAAGGGCAUAAAAAUGCAUUUUGCGGCUAUGCGAUCUAAAUUUGUAGAGUAGUUUUUCUGUUUGUAGGACGUAGCACCGUGCAGUCUGGUAGGCUUUUACCGACGUUUUGGAAGCAAGAGGUUAAGUCGGAGUGGGUGAACUAUCUGCCUUCAAAACUAAGCAACAGUCUGUUAGACUACACAACGUGUAAUAAGGCACUAAGCUUCAUAAUCUCUGCUUGCUUCUGCUGUGAGAACAAAGAAAACCACGUCACUUUAUAGCUUCUGUAUCACUGUAGUUUUAUAUAUGUACAACUUCUAUAUCACUAGGAUUCUUGUAAAUCAAUUCAUUUGCCACCCACAAAAGCAUUACGUGUGAUAAAGUAAAGUUUCAAGGUUAUGAAAGAUUCUGCAUUCUCUUGGAGCAGGAAUGCCGAGAAUUCUGCUACAGAGAGCUGAAGAAACAUUUCCUGCUGAGACAGAAAGGAUGAACUGUACAAAUUCAGAGAAGGUUUUAGUGGGUCCGUAUGGUGAGACAUACACAGCAAGUCAUAAUGCAAACCAGGCCAUGAAUAUAAAAGCUGAGGUUGUCUCAGGCUCACAAGGGGAAACGGAUCCUGUGCGAAUAACAUAUCAGGAGAUAAAGGCUGAACCUGAGAGCUAUACAAAUUCAGAGAACGCUUUAGUGGGUCCACAUGGUGAGACAUGGCCCGCACCUCAUGAUGCAAAUCAUGCCAUGAAUGUAAAAGCUGAGGCAGUCCCAGAUGCAGGAGAGGAAGAGGAUCCUGUCCCAGUAACAUUUCCGGAAAUAAAGGCUGCACCUGAGGUGAGCUGUAUGUGCACUGUUAGGCAGAUGACACUAAUGUGCAGAAAUGCCACUUGUCUUUCCGAUAUCCAUCUCUGUGAACAUGAAACAACUUUACUCUGCUGUUGACUAGAUUUUAAAGGUUUUUUUUUUCCUGACUGUAGUACAUUGAAUGUUGCAUGUGAUGCACCACUCCCAUUUUCGUUAAACAGAUCUGAUAUAGAUGAAAAUAGAUCUUGUGUAAACUGAAUGUUUGUGAUAAAUUCCACAGCAAGAAAUAUCCUUCACAGUUUCCUUGUCUGUCCAAUCCACUAAGCUUUGCUUUGGUACUACAUCAUAGAGUUCCCAGGAUCUAUAAAUGCUGAAGUUUAUCAUUUGUUUUCUGUCUUCAAUGCAGUCUGUAUCCAUGUAAUAACAGCAGUGUCAUUGUGUUGAGGGGAUGUGUGACAGGAUAACUAAUGGUUCUCUAAAGAUUUGUGACAGUGUGUGACAUAUAGACACAUUGCCUGUUGCCCUUUAUUUGAAGUAAAUUUAAUAUACCUGACAUCGUUGGAGUUCUGCUGUUGGGUGAUUGUCAUGACAGAUUUUUUUGUUAUUUUCGGUUAGACAGAAAGGUGACUAAACAUUAUAUACCGAGAAUGUGUAAGAGGUACAAAGGACAAUAGUGAAAAACUGGCAUGGGCAACACCUCCUAAAAUAUGGAUGCAGUUGUGGUGAAGUGGAAUCUACACAAAUAAAGCUAUUAACCCCUUGAACGUGACUUUAAGUGGAGCCAUUUAAAUCCCUAAGCGUGUGCGACAUACCGUCUGCAUCCGCUCAAACCUGUGCUGUAAGCGUGCGCGCCGCAUAUGUUGCAUCCAAACAUUUCACUAAGAAUUCUUAACACCUACGCUCUGAUGUAUGUACUUCCAGUGAAUGUUUAUGUAAGCUAAUACUGACUUCUUUCAUUCCUCGCUAUCUGUUUGUGUGUGGUAUUUUUUGUACUCGCUUUUCUUGGGACAAAGCAUCUGGUGUCUGCUGCUUACGAAAGAAUUGUUCCAACUCACACUCCGACUUGCUUUCAGAGAGAUAAUUUGUUAGCUAGCUUUCGUUGAGUGCUUGUUAUCUGUGUGUGUGUGUGUGUGUUUUUUUUUUACUGGCUUGGCUUACUGGCGACAAAGAAGCUCUGUCUGAUUUACGAUGUUACGAACCUAGGGGUCAAAGUUGCCUGACGCCUGUGUCAACAUUUAAGAAUAUGUUGUUCCUUUUCCGCUUUGCAGCACACUCUUAUCGGAGCCCCAUGGCAUUUGGUCACGUAACUUGUCUGAUGGGACAGUUUCUUGCCCCUGACGCUAAUAAAAUAACGCUUUCAAAUUGGGUUCCCACAACUUCGAAUGAAAUUAGGGUAUACCUAGGUUUGCUUAUGCUGAUGGGAAUAAUUCAGAAACCAAACCUCAGGAUGUAUUUUAGUAGGAAACAUAUGUUAGAAACACCAUUUUUUCC